CUUGUGCGUCACACCGGAAAUAUUUCGUCACGCUUUAAGCUCUUCUCUAGAUCCUUGGCUGUAGGAAGACUCGGAAAGAAGGAAACAUUGAACUGUCACAACUUAUCCCUGAGAAAAGCAGAGUUCUUCGGACGAUAUAAUAACGCCUUCCAUCGGCCAUGACUGAGGAAAAUAUCUUUCUCUUCGUCCCGAACCUGAUCGGUUAUGCGCGUAUCGUGUUGGCGCUGGUGGCGUUCUAUCUGAUGCCCUGUUGUCCUGUUCCGGCCGUCUUCUGCUACCUCCUCAGCGCCCUCCUGGAUGCCUUCGACGGGCACGCUGCCCGCACCCUCAACCAAGGCACUAAGUUCGGGGCCAUGCUGGACAUGCUGACUGACCGCUGUGCCACGAUGUGCCUGCUGGUGAACCUGGCGCUGCUUUACCCGGCGUACACCUUCCUGUUCCAACUCAGCAUGUCCCUGGACAUCGCCAGCCACUGGCUACACCUGCACAGCUCCAUGAUGAAAGGAACGAGCCACAAGACCAUCGACCUGUCUGGCAACCCCAUACUACGCAUCUACUAUACCUCACGGCCGGUGCUGUUUGUGAUGUGUAUGGGGAACGAGCUGUUCUACUGCCUGCUGUACGUGCUGCACUACAUAGAAGAACCUUACAGCUGGCUGCAGACGCUGCUGGCGGUGUGUGCCGUGAUCUCCGUGCUGAAGGCUGCCAUCAGCGUUCUGCACCUCAUCACCGCGUCACGCAACAUGGCCGCCAUCGACCUCGCCGAGAGACAGGAGAAGAGCAAGCAGCAGUGAAGAGGGGGAGCGAGGGAUGGAGAGAGAGAGGGAUGGAGAGAGAGAGAGAGGGAUGGAGAGAGAGAGGGAGAGAAGAACAAGGAGCAGUGAGGAGAGAAAGAGAGAGGAAUGGAGAGAGAGGGAGAGAAAGAGAGA